AUGUCCGCAAAGGUGGCUCAGAUGAAGAUGUCGUCUCAACGCGUGUCCGCCGGAGCGAGGACGCAGAAAGUGGCACACACCAAUGACGAUCGCCUGCCGAAAAGCAGAUUCUGGCUCCCACCAAUCGAUGGUGCAGUCUGCGUUCAUGCAUGUCAGCAUGUACGGGAAGUGGCUUUCAACGCACUGCCAAUCAAAGGUGAAGAAGAUUUUGGCAACAGCGAAUCACAGCGCGCUGUCUGCGUCUCAUUCUGCCAUAACAAUAAUGACAGCACCAUGCCCAAGCGCCCAGCUUUGGAUGACGAGUGGGACUUGCACAAAGAUGUAAUUGUGGACCUGUACGUUAGUCAGGGCAAGUCGCUGAGCGAAGUCAUGACCGCCAUGGCCGCUCAGGGCUUCAAGAGAACCAAAGCGCGAUAUGAGCGAGCGUUCAAAUCUUGGGGAAUAUCGAAGAACAUCAGCAAAUCUGAAUGGACCCUCAUCGUCAGACGAUUACAAGAACGAGAAAUCUUGAAGAAACGUACCGAUAUCAGAGUUCGUGGCAUGCUUGUCCCGCUGUCUAAAAUACAGAAGCAAAGGAGGCUAUACGAGUCUUCAUCAAUAUUCGAUCGGAUCAGGCUCGAUACCAGUGCGCUUCAACAACAGUCGGUGCCGUUAGACAUCGCAAUAUUCACGCCCGCUGCGUCUCCUAGUCCGUUCACGGAAGACAGCGGUAUGUUACCAAGUCCACUAGAUGACCACACCAUACUACAACUCACCUUGCGCGCUCCGUGGAACCGCUUUCAGGAUUUUUUACUCUCUUCUGCUUCCACUAAGUUGGAGGUGCCCAAAGUGACUCACUUUCUGCGAGAUCGACCGGCCUCUUCGGAGCUGCAGACGGACUCCAAACGCCGAGAGCACAAUGUGAUGAUAAUACCACAUGUACCUGAAUCUGAGGCGCAUCCGGUGCUGCACGAUCCUGCAUCAUAUUUGCCUUCUACCGAUAGCGAAAGCAAAGAAGUUCGAACCGCUGGCGGUACUGCCGUUCUUGCAUUAUCGCAAGGGAUGUCCGGAAUUAAUCUCCUGCAGUUGAUCGUCGCCUCAAUGUCGAACAAUUUUGAAGUUCCCAGGAUGGGGAGCAUUGUUAUGGAUCUCAUUGAAAACUCGGAGUAUCGGGAUACGCUGGAGAGUGCACUUCGUCGGGAUCUUGACACCUCGAAUGCGUUGGCGGAGAAGCUACUACAUCCGGCAGCACAAUCCGGACGCCAGUCUCUGGUCAAACUACUUCUCGACUUGGGUGUCGGCGUCAAUCUUCGUGUGCAAACUAUGGUCGGUGCCGAUCCAAUGACCGCGCUGGAGCUCGCUGUGUGUCAAGACAACAGGAGUCUUGUCAAGCUUCUCCUGGAGAGAGGUGCCACCGAUUGGAAUGCAAGCCUUUGGUCCCCCUCGUUCUCCCACAUCACAUCAUGUCAAGGCACGAUUUUCGAUCUCGCUCUGGAAAGAGGCCAUUCGUAUCUUUUUGGGGAGAUUUUAGGUUUCAUGUCAUCAAACCCUGGGCGAUUUCCAGAAGUGACAUUGUGCACUUUACGCAACGCAGUACUCCUAGGACGCACUGAGGUUGUGAAGAUACUUUGGCACAGCCGCCCACAGCUCAUUGAGUCUGCGAAGCUGGUUCCCUGGAUCUUCUUCGAAGCAGCAUUGCUUUGCGAAACUGUUCAGGAGGUCAACCCCUUAGUGAAUGCGCUAUGCGAAAUGGGCCUGAACAUGACUGCUAUGAGCGAUACUGGGAAGGGUAGCGCAUUAGCUGCAGCGUCGAGAACUCCAAACACAGCGAUGAUAUCACGGCUGCUAGCGGCAAAUGCGCCAAUCUACAGCGUAGCCAUGGGUCACGAUUGUGUGGGCACAGGCACGAAUUGCUGCUGCAAGGCGUACAAGCACAAAUUUUGCGACAUCAAGGGCUUCAAUGCCUUGCAUGUGGCCAUCGAAAAUGACCAUUAUGCUCUCGUUUGGCUGCUCUUAAGCCGUGGCGCCGCUGUCCAACAAGGUUGUGGAACAUAUCCAAUCCAGCUCGCCGCUGCGAAAGGAAAUCCAUACAUGAUCGAGCUUCUCAUACAAAAUGGCGCUGAUGUAAACGCCACUUUCAGCGAGAGAGACGAUGACGCACAUCCGCCACAUCCGGCUCUCUCAGCACUUCGAACAGCUCUUUCGAAUAAUCACAUGGAGGCUGCCAGGCUGCUCUAUAGAGCUGGCGGUACACUGUUCAGUGGUGAGGUAGAGGAUUGUGACAAGCACUCAUUACACGCACUGUUACCUUUUAUUGCUGAAAACGGUAGUCAGGAUUUUGUGCUCCGAGUUUUUCGGUGCCUGGCUCAUGAUACGCGCGUAGUGUUACCAUACCUGCCUGUACUUAUCAGUAGAUUCGGUGCAAACAUCGCUGACAGCUUUGUCUUCGCUGAAUCGGAACCUCCAGCUCACGAUGCACAUCCGCCCUUGGACCCAAAAAAGGCAGCUUGGAAUUAUGAGAAGAUCUUACAGGCAUUCAACAACUACCCUAUGUUCCCAUCCGCCAAUAGGAAGGUCUUACUUGACCUUUCUGUUGAACUCAGCGAGCUUUCCUCACAGCAGCUUACACGGCUUCUCAUCUUGGCGAUGCGGAUAAGGUCUGUCACACUGGCUGUAGAAAUUCUCCGUGCAGGUGCCAAUCCUUUCGACACAAUAUCAGGGACCAUGAAACCGACCAACACUGAGGUAGAUACCAAGUAUGACCUGACUGAAGGCAAAAGUGCCUUCCUCGAAUCCGUAAGGUUGUGCAAUUGGGGCCUUACCCGAAUUGUGCUCGAGCGUCACAUGCAGUGGCCAAGCGGAAUACAACAGAUGUGUGAAGCAUUUUCUCAUGCACUUUGCAAAGGACUUGUUGUGCUGGAAAGAAUGCUACUUGCUCAAGGCAUGAGUUGGAAACAUAUCGGCCGAUAUCUGGGACCUCAUUAUCUCGAAAACCGCCUCCAAGCUGCACUUGCAAACUUCAUCUUGGCUAGAAACUAUCCGGAAAUGACGCGCAUCCUCAGGUACAGCCAUUGUUGCAAGAAUCUGAUCAACCCCCCAGAGCGGCUCGAGCAAAAGACUCCACUCCAAUACCUCGCCCUACACAAUCAGAGCGAGCACGUGCGCACUUUCUUGGACCUUGGCGCUGAAGUCAAUGCAGAAGCUGGGCCCGUCCAAGGCGCUACAGCAUUCCAAUUCGCCGCAAUGAAUGGCAACUUCAAGAUCGCAGACAUGCUCAUCAAGGCUGGUGCAGACAUCAACGCCCCUCCGGCAGCCAUAGGUGGACGGAGCGCUAUUGAAGGUGCAGCCGAGUGGGGUCGCCUAGACAUGGUGCACUAUCUACUCGAAAUCGGUGCCGAUAUCAACGAUCAGCGCAACUAUCGCCGAACCGUCUAUCGAGCCUGGAAGCAAGGACAUCAUACGAUAGCGCGCAUGGUAUACAACUACAGGUUGGAAAAGCUUGGGACUGAGAGGUGUGAAACACCCGAGAGUAUCAUGGCAACCAUUACAAAGGCUGAGCUCCAUGCGAACACGUCGGACAUGUCCAAUUUGUAG